AUGUCUAAUCAGCCCGCUCUACGGUUUCUUCGCCACAGUUCGGGCUUAGUAGCAAGGGCGACUCCCAAAGAGCCUAGGGUGAGACACGGGAAACAGUACAAGGGUGGGGUAUCCGGUCCAAGUUAUCUGCUACCUGGAUUUACGAGUCACCCGGAGAACUCUAAAGGUACUUACUCAAUGCUGUGCAGACGGGAUACUGAAGGCAAAGAUGCUGCAACUUCCACCCAAGAACGCCUGUCACAAUGUCUUGCCUAUAAUCCCAUAGUCAAGCCAAUAUGGCUUGUUCGUGUUUCACCAGGCAGGCCCCUUGUCUGCUGUGUAACACAGAGCAGUAUAGUACCACCUGACACGCCUGCGGGAUCGCAUACUAUACCGGCUCCAGAAUUAGCUCAGGCGUCCAGUGAAGUUCUCGCUAUCCUAGGUGGUCAGUCGUGA